CUAAAAAUUACAAUGCACACGGAAUUACACAACCAGAGGGAAGGUACUAUACAACUAAUUUUAUAACAUUACGCCAACAAAAUCUGAAAGCCGAAAAUGAAACAGUUCAAGAAUAUGAAGAAACUGGGCAAAUGCGUUCAUUACCUCCGAGACUCACAUCCGCACAAAAAUCAAAAGUCACAUUGUCUCUUUUUACAACAGUGGCUUUAUUUGCUAUAUUUACCGUUGCUGCACCUCCUUUUUUACCAUGCCCUGCUCUUGAUGACACACAACGUAGGGCAUUAUUGGAACAACGUCUUAAAGCAGCAAAACUUGAAGGAUCCAGCAGAAAAAAAGUCGUGGUGAUAUCGAGAAAUAAAGAUGAUAUUACCGGAAAAUAG